CCAGUGGUGAGCGUCUCUGUAGUCUGUUGUGUUUCUGUUCUGUUCUUCCAAUAAGCGUGAAACGUGAAUCGCCACACUUAGCCAAUCAUCAAAUCGCUUGCUUUUCUUCGCAGGCAAUAGUUCGGAGGACGGAUCAUGACGGAUAUCAUCGAUGAAAUUGCGGAGGAAAUAUCAUUCCAGGGAUUUGAAGAUGACUGCAGAUUACUGGGGAACCUCCUCAACGACGUUCUUCAUAGAGAAGUCGGAUCUGGAUUCGUGGAGAAACUCGAGAAGACGAAAGUUCUCGCUCAGUGUGCAUGCAAUAUGAGGACGGCGGGAAUAGAGGACACAGCAGAGCUUCUUGAGAAGCAACUGGCUGCAGAGUUGUCAGAAAUGACACUUGAGGAAGCAUUGGCGCUAGCCAGAGCAUUCAGCCAUUAUUUAAACCUGACAGGGAUUGCAGAAACUCAUCACAGGGUAACUAAGGCUAGAGGCACCGUACAAUUAGCAAAAGCUCUUGAUGAUACAUUAAAUCAACUUGUGCAGGCAGGUGUUUCUCCGGAUAAGCUCUACGAGGCAGUUUGUAAGCAGGAAGUUGAAAUUGUCCUGACAGCACAUCCCACUCAAAUAAAUCGACGCACAUUGCAAUACAAACAUAUUAGAAUUGCACAUCUUUUAGAAUAUAAUGAUCGGCCUGACCUCGGGCAAGAAGAUCGAGAAGUGCUGAUAGAAGAUCUGGUGAGGGAGCUUUCUUCAAUAUGGCAAACAGAUGAGCUCAGAAGGCACAAGCCUACUCCAGUUGAUGAAGCCAGGGCUGGUCUGAAUAUCGUGGAGCAAUCACUUUGGCAAGCCGUGCCUCAUUUUCUACGUCGUCUCAGCAACGCUUUGAAGAAGCAUACUGGGAAGGCACUGCCUUUGACAUGCACCCCAAUAAAAUUUGGAUCUUGGAUGGGGGGUGAUCGAGACGGAAAUCCGAAUGUAACAGCAAAGGUUACAAGAGAUGUAUCUCUUCUAUCAAGGUGGAUGUCCAUUGAUCUCUUUCUACGGGAAGUUGACAACCUAAGAUUUGAACUCUCCAUGAAUCAAUGCAAUGAGAAAUUAUCAGCACUGGCCCAUCAAAUUUUAAAAAACGAGAAGUCAGCUGAAGACAGGCAUGAAAAUUGGAACCAAUUUAAGAAUCAUAACAAUUCUGCUUCACCCCUUCCAACCCAACUUCCGGAUAGGGCUGGCUUACCCUCUUGCGCAGAUCACAAUGACGUGGACUCUCACUAUCAUCCAUUAGAUCUUCCUGGUUCAGAUUUCAAGCCAUUCAAUCGCAAGGAUGGUGGUGGACUUUCCGUGAAAAUAGAUGGAAAUAACAAUGCUAACAACUCAGGAAAUGCUCAGCCUCAGCCUGUGACACCAAGAGGAUCUUCUCUUAACUCAGCCCAACUUUUGGCUCAGAGGAGACUGUUCGCUGAGUCUCAAACAGGAAGAACAAGCUUUCACAAGCUUCUGGAACCAAGCUCUUCGCAUAUACCUGGAUUAGCUCCUUACAGAAUUGUUCUUGGAGAUGUGAAAGCAAAGCUUUUGAAAACACGAAGACGAUUGGAACUUCUCCUUGAGGACCUUCCUUGUGAUUAUAAUUCUGGGGAUUAUUAUGAAACAAAAGAGCAAUUUCUGGAGCCUCUACUUCUGUGCUAUGACUCGCUGCACUCUUUUGGUUCGGGGAUAUUAGCUGACGGCAGGCUCGCUGACCUAAUAAGACGUGUUUCUACAUUUGGCAUGGGUCUAAUGAAGCUUGACCUUCGUCAGGAAUCUGGUAAGCAUUCAGAAACACUUGAUGCUAUAACGAAGUAUCUAGAUAUGGGUACCUAUAGUGAGUGGGAUGAAAAUAAAAAAGUUGAAUUCCUGACAAAAGAGCUCAAAGGGAAGAGGCCAUUAGUCCCUACAUCUAUAGAGGUUACUCCUGAAAUAAGGGAAGUAUUGGACACCUUCAGGGUAGCAGCUGAACUGGGAAGCGAUUCCCUUGGAGCAUAUGUGAUCUCUAUGGCCUCCAAUGCCAGCGAUGUUCUGGCAGUGGAGCUUUUACAGAAGGAUGCUCGCUUGGCAGUUGCUGGAGAACUGGGCAGGCCAUGUCCUGGCGGAACGCUUCGGGUUGCUCCUCUAUUUGAAACCGUGCAAGACUUGAGAAAUGCUGGUUCAGUAAUCCGUAAGCUACUCUCAAUUGAUUGGUACCGUGAACAUAUAAUUAAAAACCACGGCGGGCACCAGGAGGUGAUGGUUGGUUAUUCUGAUUCGGGUAAAGAUGCCGGUCGAUUCUCUGCUGCCUGGGAACUUUACAAAGCUCAAGAAGAUGUAGUCGCCGCAUGCAAUGAAUUUGGAAUCAAAGUUACUCUCUUCCACGGUCGCGGGGGCAGCAUUGGACGUGGCGGUGGCCCUACAUAUCUUGCCAUUCAAUCCCAGCCUCCUGGCUCAGUCAUGGGCACACUGAGAUCAACAGAACAAGGAGAAAUGGUACAGGCCAAGUUUGGACUACCCCAAAUGGCUGUCCGGCAGUUAGAGAUAUACACGCGGGCUGUGCUUCUAGCAACCCUCCGGCCUCCAUUGCCACCGAAGGAGCUAAAAUGGCGUAGCCUGAUGGACGAAAUUUCACAGAUCAGCUGCACUUCUUACCGCAACACAGUCUACGAAAAUCCAGAGUUUCUUGCUUAUUUCCACGAGGCAACACCUCAGGCCGAGCUCGGCUCUCUCAACAUUGGAAGCCGUCCAACGCGAAGAAAGUCAUCACCCGGCAUCAAAGACCUGAGGGCCAUUCCAUGGAUCUUUGCCUGGACACAGACUCGAUUCGUCCUCCCUGCCUGGCUCGGCGUUGGCGCUGGUCUGAAGGGCGUCUGCGAGAAAGGCCACACUGAAGAUAUCCGAGCUAUGUACCAAGAGUGGCCGUUCUUCCAAUCCACCAUCGACCUUAUAGAAAUGGUUCUGGGGAAAACAGACAUCCCUAUAGCCAAGCAUUAUGAUGAAGUUUUGGUGUCAUCGAGCCGGCAGCCAUUGGGGAAGGACCUCAGGGGGGAGCUUUCGACUGCGGAGGAGUAUGUCCUGUUGAUCACCGGACAUGAAAAGUUGUCAGAAAACAACCGGAGUCUGAGGAAGCUGAUCGAGAGCAGGCUUCCAUAUCUGAAUCCAAUGAACAUGCUGCAGGUCGAGAUUCUUAAAAGGCUAAGACGAGACAACGAAAACAAGAAACUGCGCGACGCCCUGCUGAUCACCAUCAAUGGCAUUGCUGCUGGAAUGAGGAACACCGGAUAAUCGUCUCCGUCAACAUUUUAAUAUAACGUUAAACUGCUAUAGGUAUGGAUCUUUUAGUUUCCACUUUGUCUGUUUCGACUUUGAAUAAAUUGAGAUGUCUGUACCUUACAUCAUCACGAGAGACACGGGCUUUGAGUACAGAUAUAAACAUGGAGUUUUCGAUGCA